CCGAAACAUGAUUUAACAUAGGUCCAAACAAUCAGAGUACAAAAUAGUCCACAGAAAGGCAAAAGCCCAAUUAUAAAAUCCACUCACGUCACUCAACGAAAUCCUUCGUCUUCUCUCUUCUCCUUCACAACCAGCAACGAACAGUAGUUACAGUCCAACACCUUCAACUUCUAAUUAAACACAGAGGAUUUAUGAAAAACCUGGUUUAAAACACCUUCAAUAGCACCGGAAAUCGAAAAGCCAUAGAAAACGUAAACAAAAAGCAUAAAUAGUAUGGCGAUAACAUAUCUUCACAGCAGAAAGAAUAAGGGGAAGAUGAACAUGGCAACUGAAACAGCCUCCAACCAUGAAGGACAGUAACUGUAGAAAAUCAAAUGUAUAAGGGCUUGAUUCGAGUUAUGUUCAAGGAUCGGAGUGGAGGAAUAAUGGGUGGUGGUGGAUCGUCGUUAUCGGAGAUCCUCGGUGGAGCUAUUGAUAGAAAACGGAUCAAUGAUGCUUUAGACAAACAUCUGAAGAAUUUUUCACCUUCCACAUCUAUGGUUUUCACUUCUAAAGACAAGGAUUCAUUCCCCUCAAUCUCUGUCAGUUUCUGUGAUAUAUCUUGUAUUUCGUGGUUCGGUAAUUUGAGAGGGAAUGAGUUUUUCUGUGAAGUAGAUGAAGAUUACAUAUAUGAUGAUUUCAGUCUUUGUGGAUUGAGUGGUGAUAUGUUCACUAAAAAGAAGAAUGAGAUGGUGCAGUCAGCUGCUGAGAUGUUGUAUGCUCUUAUUCAUGUUCGUUACAUCCCCAGUACUAAAGGAAUGGCUCCUAUGAACUGAACUCACGUACCCUACACACAUAAUAGAAAAAUGAAAAGGAAUGUUCAGAAUUUGUUGAUCUCAACAAGUUCAAACUCGGGAAAGUUUGUAGGUAAUUACUAUUCAGAGGCGGAGCAAUGACAUAUUUAAGGUUAGUAUGGAAUAUGGCAGGUCUUCCCAUAUUGAU